UGAAGUGCAGUCAAGUGUAACCCAAUGAUGAAGUUCUAUUCCGUGCUGUUUUCAGUCUUUCUGCUGAUUAGCGUUUGUCGGUCAUUGCCGGCUUCGGAUGAUGCAACGGCGGAGACUGUACGCUUAGAGAGCGAUAAUAAUGGAGUAGAUAAAUACUCCUUUGCUUAUGAGACCAGUAAUGGCAUUACACGCAACGAAGAGGGUGUCCUGAAGUCGGCCGAAGGGGAUGCAGAGGGUGUGCUCGCAGUGCACGGUUCAACCAGCUGGACAGCACCCGAUGGCAAAAAGUACGAAAUUAGUUUUACUGCUGAUGAAACGGGCUAUCAUCCUAGCUUUAAGCUAGUGCCCUAAAUGAGUGCAUCACUUUAAUAACGAGUAUAAUAGAUCUCUAAGUCUAUAGAACAUUCUCAAAAAAAAAAAAAAAAAA